AUGUCUAGAUUUCAUCCGUUAGAUUUUCGUCUGAUGGCUAUGUCCCAGUUUCAGGUCUUAGCAUCUCUGUGUCAAACAGCAGCAUGGACUAUUAGUAGUGAUCUCAAUCAAUUUCUGACUCAACAACUGGCUACCAAUCAAGCUCUAUCACGUGAGGUAUUCGAUGCUCAAGUUGUAGCACUUGUCGAACAAAUGCAAACCACAACAGUAGCAAAUGUGAAAUACACCGAUCAGCUAGUGUCUCUGGUUAUUUUCAACAGCGGAAUUAUGUCAGCUUUGAAUACCAACUCUUACCUCAUCAAUAAUCCAUCAGUGUCGGGUUACACUACCAAACUGGGAGCCUACCUGGUUGAGAAUUAUAUUAUCGGCAACGCCUCGAAUCCGUUCAGUGUAUAUUGCCAUUGUACCUUCACGUCAAACUGUACUUUUCAAGCUGGUUUCUACAAUUAUUCCAUUCGUCCUUCACAAAAUGAGAGCACCGUGUAUAAGCCCUCGCCACCACCUAUGUUUGUCGUGCCUGGCAUGUUGAUUGGAUGCUUGCCUCGCGAUGCAAUACUUCAGUCGACACUAGAAUGUUUUUACAAUCGUUCAUGUCUCGAUCUCAUUAGUGUCUCACAAGCGAUCAUCCCACUCAAUGCGACUGUUUCAUCGCGCUUUCGAGCCAAUACAACCGUAAAUACCAUGUUCGAACAACUCUUCGUUGAAACGUGGCAGAAUUCGAGUAAUUUCACUAGUUACUACAAUGCAUGCCAUCCGAAAACAUGUUCUUACACCGAUACACAACGUGGUAAUUUUCUUUAUGCACUGACGAUUCUGGUCAGCCUCAUUGGUGGUCUUACAACAAUACUCGGUAUUUUCGUUCCUCUUCUCGUACAAUUCUUUCGUCAUUUACUAGUUAAAUGCCGAGGUGAAGCAAUUCCUACAAUAGACAAUAAUCCUGUAGGUAGGUGGCUUUUUUUUACUUUUCCUGAUUUAUUUCACGUUUAUGUUAUGACACUGAGAAUUUAUUUGAUUUACUGUAUUUUUGAACAAGAAACCGUGAGAUUAUUGAAUU